AUGGACCUCCGCUGGUCCGUCGAGGUCAAGGGCGGCGAGACCCUGAGAUCAGCGCCCGUGCUGAACGGCCGCCGCGGCGUCGUCACCCACGUGUCCCUCGUCCACCCGCCGCCGAGCGCAGCUGGCGGCGGACAGCGCGUCGAAGUCGUGGAAGCCUACGUCAAGACCGUCGACGGCACCCUCGAGCUCGCGUCGCUGUCGUCCGAGAGGCCGCGCGCGGAGCUGCCGCGACCGGUGCUGGUGAUGGGCCUCGAUCUCUUCUGCUCUCGCGUGAGGCGACAGGGCGGCGACCCCACUGGUGAUGUGGCGGUCGCCGUUCGGUUUGAGGGUCUCUUCAACGACGGUUACGUUCUUCCUCCGCCGUUGGAGGACGAAGAGGAUCAUAUGCUGUGGUCGUCGGAGGAUGACGACGAUGACGACAGCGGGGCCGAGGACGACGAGUCGGUGGGUUCGGAUUCGGAAGACUACGACGAAGAUGACAGCAGCGGCGAGGAGGAGGAGAGCGACGACGAGGUUGACGGACAAGAGGCCAUGGAGAGCAGCGCCCACAAUGACAUGCUGCUACAGAUGGUACACCCCAGCAAGUUCGUCCUCGAGGGAGGUUCGGCGCCGCGGUUCGCCGCCGCUGGGAAGACGGCCGGCUUCAUGCAGGUCGCCGCCACGGAGAGGCAAGACGAAGCCGACCUCAUGCAGAUCCUCGUGCUCUUCCGCUACACCCGCUUCUCGCCAUCAUCGUGCGGCGUGGAAGCGCGCAGGAGCACGAAAGAGCACCAGCUCCGGUUCAUAGCCACAGGCGAACACACGGCGAGGUCGCUGGAGUGGGCCGGAUCGUCGCUGGGCCUGCUGAUAUACCCCCAUGGCUUCAGGAAGAAGCUCCAGGAGCUAUGGUCCAGCUUGGCGUCGAAGGUGAGCGUCCCGCCGGGAGCAAGACGCGUCGAGGUGUUCGUCGACGUUGGCCUCCUCCGGCGAGCGGACUACACGCUAGCGAGCAUGCGGCACAUGUGCGCCGCGCUGGAGGGCAUGGUGGCGAAGCCGUGGCCCGGGCGCUUCACCGGCAUGGAGCUGCACUUGCCAGAGCCGGUGCGGUGCACCAGGGACGCCGACGAGCGGCCGGCAAAGCAGAGGAAGGUCGUUGCAGCCGGGCAGGAGUGCUGCACGGACGUCGGUGAGCAGCCGGCGAACCGAAGGAGGGUUGUUGCCGCCGGGGAGGAUUGCCCCGUCUGCUGGCAGCUGCUGGAGGGCGACGACCUCGCCGCGUGGCCGGGCUGCGGCAAGCCCCACGUCUUCCAUGGCGCGUGCCUGGAGCAAGUCCUCAAGAUGAGCGAGACGUGCCCGCUUUGCAGGCGCAACCUGUACAUCGAGCCCAAGAUGGUAGCCGCCAGCUACACCUAG